CAUGUGUCGGGCUCACGUGUGUUAAAGAAAACACGGACGGAUGGUCGACAUGUCUGCGGUCAGACUGUGUUUGUGAAGAGCAGCACCAGCGACAGCAGCCAUACCGUCUCCCCGCGUCUCACAGCUCAAAGUGGAUACUGUCUGGUGAGAAAUGGCGGACGAAGGAUUUGACCCUUGUGAGUGCAUUUGCACCCAAGAAUAUGCCAUGAGGCGCCUCAUCAACCUGCUCAGGCAGUCUCAGUCCUACUGCACGGACACAGAGUGCCCUCAGGAGUUGCCAGGACCCAGUGGGCCAGGGGGGGGAGGAGAUGACCUGACCCUCCCCAUGGUUCUGAUGGGAUGGGCGGUGGUGGCUCUGGUCCUGUUUCUGCUUCGGCCAUCCAGUCUCAGGGGAAGCCGCCCUGCAAGCAAACCCACUGGACCACAUAAUAGUCGUGGAAGGGAUCCCCCAGCACCGUCUGCUAACUAACGGCGCAUCCAGACAACCAGAAAUCAUCCAACUGCUCUGAUUGGAGCAGCAGAGUAGCUGUGAACAGGACAGCAACAUCAUCUCCCUGUCAGCCUUCUCUCAAAUAUCAUUUUCUUUUUUUUCCUCUUUAUAAUUUUCAUAAAUCUGUCUUUUUCAUUGUUAUUAUUUCAGCCCAACUGAUAAUGGACCAAUGACAACAGAGCAGAUAUAUUUUAUUAGUGUGAUAGGGCUGUAUGAGUUCCUUAUUCUUGCACAUCAACAUUAUCUACAGUUACUCUACAUCCACUUCAUAUUUUUUCUUAUUUCUGUCAAAUUUGACUUAAAAAACUUUGAAAGCUGAGCAUGUUUGCAUUAUUCUUAGAUAAAACGGGUGCAUUGAUCUAUCAGUUGGGCUUACUCAGUUAUUCCAACAAGUCUUAAACUGGGAGGUGUGUGUUUUGGAGUUGGUCCCUGAGCCCAGCUCUUGUGCUGACUGUUCUGUAAGCACUCAAGACAUGAGGUCAAAAUGAAGGAAUGCAUCACAUGAUCAAGGCAGAUGGGAGGGGUCACUAAGAAUUCCUUCUUGGGUAGUUGGGCGUUGUUCCAGUGCUUGCUGAAACGGUGGUGGGGUCGUGAGUUUUUCUCAAACAUUCCACCCUUUCAACUCUAUAUUACAACUGUAACCAGUGCCAGUAAUGGUUUUCUAAUCACAUGAGGUGUUAACGUUUUAGUCAAACCAGCAGGAAGAAAGGCAUUACAUUAAUAGGAGUAGGUAACAUUCUGUAUUAGGAUUUUAUUUACACUAAGUCAUUAAAUAGUCUUUUAUGUUUUCAGUCAGGCCCCGGAUCACUUUCUUUACCUGAACCAGCAAAUAAUUAGGUCUUAUUAUAUUGUUUACCUUAAUUUUUAAGAAUUGUCUGUUAGUUUAAAUGUCAGCUGGUAAUGCGUGUGCACAACUGAUUGCAUUUGCAACGAGUCAUGAGUUGAGGGAGAAAAUGUUAACAAAAUGGUUAAUGUAUGAAAUUAAUCACAAGUAAGACAAUAUAUUAUCCAGUAAUAAAGUCAGUUUUAGACUAAAUGUUUUCUCUUGAGUAAUGUGACUGAAGAGAGAGAAACUGAUUUAAUAACAGCCAAAUAUUUUUUUCUGAACCACACAAUUUUAUUCAACUGAGAAAGAAGUGAUAUAUAUAAAUAAAAUCAGCACAUAUUGAUUUUGUUCACAUAAUGCAAUCCAGAGUUUUUGCUAUAGUUUCUGUAUCAUAACAUGUCACAUUGAUAAAAGAAAGAUGAAUGAAAAUGUUUCAACAGUGCCAAUGUGAAUUUAUCAUUUUUGAAAUUUAGAGCACUAUUUUGCAAGUAGGUGUUUUGCAGUAAAAGUUUAUUUUUGUGUUAAUUUGAAAGGGGAACAGAUGGUAACGGUGUGCAGUAGGGUUUCAGGUUUUUUUUUUGUUCAUAUGUAUUUUAAUAAGAUUAUUCAGUGAUGCUGCAGCUUUUUUUUUUUUUUUUUUUUCCUGAACCACACAAUUUCAUUCAACUGAGUGCUCACAGCAGGAUAAUCUCACAGCAUCCUGCAGUUGGGAGGUUCUUUUUCCAGAGUCUGACUGUAUUUGUGAACAUUUAAGUUGUGUUUUGCCAUCAAAAUGUAUCUUGACCUUUGGUUACCUCCAAGAUAUGUUACACCAGAAAAUGUGUGGAUUAGCUGUAAGAUUGAAUCAUCUUCAGUUGAAACACCUUUGGUUUGUGAUACAUGGCUACUCUUUUAAAUCCAUAUCAGUAGAAUGACCAUGAGCUAUUUUGUAAGAUGAAGAAAGUAGCCAGAAUACAUCACCGAGAUAAAUAAGUUGACGAUUGUUACAUCAGGAGACCUCAAAUUACACUGUUACUGAGAGUAAAAGGGCUUUAACUAUGCACUUUUCCUACAACAAAACAAAAAAUAAAGACUUCCGUCUUAA